AUGGCGUACCCUCCCCCUCCAGGCAUCAGCAACAGCUCUCUCCCGCCGAGACCUCCAGCCUCCAAGGCCGGCUUCAAGCCCGCGUUCUCUUCCGCGGCUCAAUCCUCGAAACCAGCGUACUCGAGCGCCCCGCCGACAUACUCCGGCCCUUCGAGCUACCCGGCCACCACCGCUGCUCCGGCUGCCCAAUAUGCGCCCUCCUACUCCUCCUAUCCGACCGGCUCUGCUCCCGGCGCGGUGAGCUCGGGCGCGCCUACUUCCUACUCAUACCCUCAACAGCCGCAGCAGCAGCAGAGCUACGGACCCCAGAGUUACGGCGCUCAAAACUACGGACCUCAGAGUUAUGGACCUCAAAGUUACGGCGCGGCAAGCUACGGCGCAGCCCCGCAGAUCCGAAAUCCCUUUCCCACACCCGGCACGGCUAGUAACGAUUACGACCCGGAGAUGGCUGCGCAAAUUGCCCAGUGGCAGAGCGCCUACGUGAGCCGCGACGCGACUGAGGGCAGGAGUGACAAGCCUGCGGGCCCUAGCGCACCCAGGCCUGAUACCCAACCCGCCAGUGCCGCGAGUGCUGCUUCUGCUGGCCAGGAGAAGAAGAAGACAGUUGUGCGCGAGGGUGGCGGCAAGAAGUGGACGGACGAUACACUGCUUGAAUGGGACCCCUCCCACCUGCGCCUCUUUGUCGGUAACCUUGCCGGUGAGACGACAGACGAUGCCCUUCUCAAGGCCUUCUCUCGCUGGCGCUCGGUACAAAAGGCUCGCGUCAUCCGCGACAAGCGCACGUCCAAGUCCAAAGGCUAUGGCUUCGUCAGCUUUAGCGACGCCGACGACUUCUUCCAAGCCGCCAAGGAGAUGAACGGCAAGUACAUUCAGAGCCACCCGGUCGUGGUCCGCAAGGCCAACACCGAGAUCAAGGUGGCCAACGCCAAGGACAAGGAUAGAAACAACAGGAAGAACAAGAACCACAAGAAGGGUGGUUAUGGAGGUGGUGGUAGCGGUAAUGGUGGCUACGAACCUAGCCUGGGCCCCAUUGGCGGCGGCGGCGUGGUUAAGCCUGGACAGAAGACCAAGAACGGUCUCAGGCUGCUUGGCUAG